UGUGCAACUCCCUCUUUCUCUCUAUGUGAUCAGAUCUCUAGUUGAUAAUUAUUUCAAUGGCUACUUCAACGCCAUUGAAUAUGGAAGCACCCGAGAUUCUAGGAACGACCCAAAAUGGGAAUUCAAAAACUCAUGUAGAAAAACCAACCAAAACCAAAAACUGGCUGAUGAUCAUUAUAAAUUCCGCGUUUGUUACUAUUGGUCUAGUAGGAGGUCCUCUCUUAAUAAGACUAUACUAUCUUCAUGGUGGUAAUCGUAAAUGGCUUACUAGUUGUUUACAAUCUGCUGGUUUUCCCAUUCUCAUAUUUCCUCUCACGUUUCUCUUCAUUCAAUCGAAAUUAUCCACCGAGUCGCCAUCUUUUUGGUUGGAACCGAAGCUUUCUCUGUGGAGUGCCAUCAUCGGGAUUUUGUUUGGUCUUAUUAAUUUUAUGUAUUCGUCGGGUUUAUCCUAUAUUCCUGUAUCAACUUCAUCCCUUCUCUUGGCAACUCAACUAUGUUUUGUUGCAUUUUUUUCAUGGUUGUUUGUGAAGCAAAAAUUUACAGCAUUUAUCAUAAAUGCAGUGGUUGUUAUGACACUUGGAUCAGUUUUGCUGGGUAUUAAUACUGAUGGGGACAGGCCAGUUGGUGUAUCAAAAGCUCAGUAUUUGACAGGGUUUCUUACGACGUUGGGUGCUGCUGCCUUAGCUGGGUUAAUGAUGCCUCUCAUUGAACUUGGUUUCAGCAAAGCUGUUAGAGACCUUAAUUAUUCAAGUUUGUUGCAGUUCCAGUUCAUUUUUUCCUCUUCUUCAACCAUCUUUUGCGUCAUUGGGAUGCUAGUAAAUAAGGAUUUCCAGGUCAUACCAAGAGAAGCAAAUGAGUUUGAACUUGGCAAAGCCAUGUAUUAUAUCUUGAUGGUCUUGACAGCAAUAACAUGGCAGUUGUUAAAUGUUGGAAUAGUCGGUGUAAUCUCAUAUGCGAGUGCUCUUUUUUAUGGCAUACUCACAUCAGUCCUGGUACCAUUUACAGGAGUAGCAGCCGUAAUAUUUUACCAUGAAAGUUUCACUGGAUUAAAAGGAAUGGCAUUGGCAUUAUGUCUUUGGGGUUUUUGUUCUUACUUUUAUGGAGAAUACAAGAUGAUGUCGAAGAAGGUAAUCAAUAAUGGAAACCCGGAGACAAUUGAAAAAGACGAAAAUGAGCCAAAAAGAUUGGAUGAUCUUGGAGAACCAUAAACUGUUUGAGUAAAUAAUACAUGGUACUAUUAAAUUAUUUGGUCUUGUGAUAAAUGAUCAGACCAGGACCAAUAUUAGAUUGUAGAAUUUAAUGAUCUAUUGAUCUAUAUCAAAUCGGAUAACUCUCUCUAUCAAGACAAAUAGUGAGCACGUGUGUUGCAGGUCGGCAUGUUAUUUUUCCUAUUUUGCAAAUAACACAUGGUUAUUUGGUCCUGUGAUAAAUGAUCAGACCAGGGCCAAUAUUAGAUUGUAGAAUUUAAUGAUCUAAUAUCAAAACGGAUAACUCUCUCUAU